GGGCCUUCCCCGGGGAUUCCGUUCGGACCAAUAACUUUUUUUUUAUUUGAGCGCCUUUUGUGAAUCUGGUGCUGAAUGUACUAAGCGUCGGAGAAGCAGGUGCAUGGAGCCGCGGACGAGUCACUCCGUGUGUGUAUCUAGUGUCGUGUUGCCCUUGCCCUGGUCCCGGAGGGUGGGUCGUCUCUGCCUAAACGUGUGCUUUUCUGGAGGUGUGCAGGGCUGCAGAGGCUGCAGGGGCCAGGCUUUCCCACCGUCCCCGGAGUGCAGCUCCCUGGUAAGGUCGCGUCUCUCCUGCCUCUGCAACCUUCCGCCGACCAUAUAAGGAGAGGCAGCUGCCGGGGCGUCACUCACCAGGAUCUAAAGAUAGUGACCCCGGACUCGACUCCCAACGCCACUGGGCUGCGGGGGCCGCCAUGGCACGUCUUCCUUCUCCCACCCCUGUGAAGCCCCACCUCAACUCCUCUUCAGGCAGCAUGCCCGGACCCUGUGGUAUGACAGGCCCAGGUACGUGUUCAUGGAGUUUUGUGUUGAGGACAGCACCGAUGUCCACGUGCUCUUAGAAGACCACCGCAUUGUGUUCAGCUGCAAGAAUUCGGAUGGAGUGGAGUUGUACAAUGAGAUUGAGUUCUACGCCAAGGUGAACUCCAAGGACUCCCAGGAUAAGCGCUCUGGCCGCUCCAUUACUUGCUUUGUGAGGAAAUGGAAGGAGAAAGUGGCCUGGCCUCGGCUCACCAAGGAGGAUAUCAAGCCAGUGUGGUUGUCUGUGGACUUUGAUAACUGGAGAGACUGGGAAGGGGAUGAAGAGGUGGAGCUGGCUCAGGUGGAACAUUACGCAGAGCUUUUGCAGAAGGUCAGCACCAAGAGACCUCCCCCUGCCAUGGACGAUCUAGAUCCAAAUUUGAAUUUGACAAAGAAGAGUGAAUGUUCUUCUCCAGGCUUAAGAAAACCCCAGUAAGUGCUCUCCUUCUUGGGAGCACACCCGCACCUUUCUCAUCCCCUUCUUCUCCCAGGCAUGUUACCUUACCUUUCUCUCUUUCUCCUAAGCUUCAAGGGCCCUUCUUGGCCUCUGUAACUUUUUCCUUAAACCUAUUUCUUCUAUGGCUCACUUCUACCUCUGUGGCUUUCUAAAUAAACUUUUGCUUAUAAGAAAACACAAAAACAAAAAACACCAAACCCAGCAAGACCCUCUUUACUUCCAUCUCUCCCUCUGCUUCUCCAUCCUAGAGCAGUUCUGGCCCUGUUGACUAUCUUUACAGUUGUAAGGAGCAGUAGCAUUAAUUGAAAUUCUGAAACUAAAUGAUACAUGACACCGUGCUGUUUAUUCAGUACUGGUGGUUUAUUUUCCAAAGUUUAAAUCCUUCCAUAUUAGCCUCCCAAGAAGUUGUGUGACUCAGAAAAAUCACAAAAGAAAACUU